AUGCCACGCUUCACCCCCGAGAAUGACGGCACGGGUUUAGCGCGGCAACUGACCGAUCCGCUCGUCGCUCAAUAUGUCUACUCCGUCUUCAUCGCUCUCGCAUGGUGCAAUGCCCUUGAGCUGGUGGUCCUCUGUCUCAAUACCUUCAAGCGUUAUGGCGGCGCCUACUUUUGGAGUCUCUUCGUGGCCUCCAUCUCCAUCAUCCCCUUUGGCCUGGGAUACCUCCUGAAGAUGUUUCAUAUCACCUUCACCAACGGAUAUCUUGAGUUAGCUAUCACAGAUAUCGGCUGGGUGGGCAUGGUCACCGGUCAAUCGCUUGUCCUUUGGUCACGUUUGCACCUCGUUGUUCACAAUCGCAAGGUGCUCAAGGGCAUUCUUUACCUCAUCAUCAUCGACGGCGUCCUCCUCCAUACUGCGGCUACCACGCUCGAGUUUAUGAACAAUGGUCUUUCGUACAUUCACAACGUGACGGUGGCGUUUGGUAUCAUGGAACGAAUUCAGGUGGUGUGGUUCUGCGUGCAAGAGCUCCUGAUCUCCGGUGGUGGCAGUUCAAUUCGCGGGCUAUUUCACCCUCCAGGUCACCACAAAGGUGUUGGUCUAUAG